AUGUCGCAAGACACAGGAUUGUUCAGCAUUAAGCGCCCCCGCGAGACUCUGGGGAGCGUUCAAAACUAUUCUUCGAUCCCUCAACCCUCAUCGGCCCUGAAGCGCACCAGUUCAAUAGGCGCAUUUCAAAUCCCACCAUUCACUUCGCAACAUACGCGAUCGAUGUCAUUGUUAAACUCGGCCAGUCGACCUCAGCAGCCAAACUUUCAGCGAUCUUCCUCUGGAGGGUUUGGCGCUGACCCUGGGCUUUCGUCUGUCAGACGCUCGGUCUCAAGCAACAUCUUCCAUGGAGCUAGCGCAGGUCGCCCGUCUUUUGCCCCCGGAUCGUUGUCCUCAAAUUCUGCCGCUCAGAGCCUACAGAGAAGGAGCAGCGUCUUCUCGCGCCCUUCAGUGGGAGGAGCUAUGGGCCACCAGUCCUUUUUCACGCAAGUUCCGUCAGCGGCUGGUGUUCCCAGAGACCCUCGCCCUCUAAGAGACAGGGCCUUCCAAGCCAGGAUCGGUCAAGAACUUCUGGAAUAUCUUACACACAACAAUUUCGAAUUAGAAAUGAAACACUCCCUUGGCCAAAACACGCUCAGGUCUCCCACUCAAAAGGAUUUCAACUUCAUCUUCCAGUGGCUGUAUCAUCGAAUUGACCCUGGAUACCGGUUCCAAAAAGCUAUGGAUUCCGAGGUCCCACCGAUUCUCAAACAGCUACGAUAUCCAUACGAGAAGAGCCUCACUAAAUCACAAAUUGGUGCGGUGGGAGGACAGAACUGGCCGACGUUCUUGGGAAUGCUCCACUGGUUGAUGCAAUUGGCGCAGAUGAUGGAUCGGUAUGUUCUAGGAGAAUAUGACGAAGCCUGCGCAGAGAUGGGCGUAGAUGUCUCGGGGGACCGCAUCAUCUUCCGUUUUCUCACUGGCGCCUACCAUGACUGGUUGCAAGGCGGAGAAGAGGAGGAUGAUGAAACCGCUGGACAGCGACUAGUUCCUCAUAUUGAGGUCAUGGCUCAGGAAUUCGAAAAAGGCAACGAGAAAUACGUGCAAGAGAUGCAGGUGUUGGAGGCCGAGAACCGGGCUCUACGCGAUCAAAUUGAGGAAAUGGAGAAGAACAGCCCGGAUAUGGCGAAACUUGACAAGCAAUUCAAGAUUCUGGAGGAUGAUAAACGGAAAUUCGAAGACUAUAUUCAGAACGUCCAAGGAAAGAUUGAGAAAUAUGAGAGCCGUAUCAAUUUCUUAGAGGAGGAGAUCAAGAAGACCGAGACCGAGCUGCAGGCUGCGGAAGAAGAGAGGGCGGGCCUGCAAGCCAGUGUCGAUCAGCAGGGUCUCACCAUCCAAGAUAUUGACCGCAUGAAUACCGAGCGUGAGCGACUCCAGAAGAGUCUUGAUGAUACUGUGAACCGCCUGGAAGAAACUCAUGCUCGAGUCAUGGCCAAAGAAGCUGAAGCCAGCAGGAAACUCGAAGAUUUAGAGGAGCUUGUCAAAGCAUACAAUACACUUGGCUACCAGACCAGUCUCAUCCCCUCAAGUGCCGUUAAUGCCAAGGAUCAGGAAUAUGAGCUUAGCCUCAACGUGAAUGAAAGCAGUUUCUCUGCCUCACAGAUUGGCGGCGUCCCCAGCCGGAUAUCUCCUGAAGGGGAUCGUCUCUUGGCAGAGCCAUUUACUGGCUACCAUCCGGCGCACUUGCUGAGCCUAGACCUUCGAGGCAUGGUCCGUAGCAAUUUACAAUCUCUCCGAAAGGAAAUCAACGAGCGGCGAAAGCGUGCCAUUGAUGCUGACCUGGAGAGGCGCAAUCUCCUAGAUAAUAUCAAAGAAGCAAUGGAUGAGAAGCGAAGCGAAGUCGAAGCACUGGAGCAUAGGCGACGAGCUGCAGAAGAAGAGUUUGAACGGACCAAGGAGAUCACCACUACCCAGAAACUUGCAUCGGAUGCCCAGAUUGAGAAGAUGGAGAAAGAGCUCGCGAAAAUGCGAGCUACCAUGAGCGAAAGUGUCCAGCUAAUGGAGCAACGGGAAAUGAACACCAACAUCGAGUAUGAGCAACUCACACUUAGGGCCAACUCGCUUCGGGAAGAGCUGCAUACCAACGUGGAGAGCAUGCUGAACGAUGUCAUUCGGUUCAAAGUUCACGUCCAAAAGGGCCUGGAAGACUACGAAGGCUUUGUCGUGGAUGAAGUGGAACAGGAACUAGGGGGCGAUAUGCAGCUGGCUGAGGAUAUGCCCCUUGACACUGAAGAGCUUUAG